CCAGGCCGGCCCGGGCGGGGCGCGCCGCAGCACCGGGCGGCGAUGGCGGCCGACGGGGACUGGCAGGAUUUCUAUGAGUUCCAAGAGCCGGCCCGGAGCGUCCUGGACCAGGAGAACUGUAAUGCCGGGACAGGGGCGGACACGGGCGGCGACGGCUUCCCGGCGUUGGCCUGCAGCCUGGAAGAGAAGCUGAGCGUGUGUUUCCGCCCCCCGGGUCCGGGCGCCGAGCCCCCGCGGGCGGCCGUGCGGCCCAUCACGGAGCGCAGCCUCCUGCAAGGGGACGAGAUUUGGAAUGCCCUGACAGAAAAUUAUGGAAAUGUAAUGCCAGUGGACUGGAAGUCGUCGCACACCAGGACCCUGCAUUUGCUAACCCUGAACCUCUCCGAGAAAGGGGGCACUGACAGUUUGCUCUUCGAUACGUCAGAUGACGAGGAGCUGAGAGAACAGCUGGACAUGCAUUCGAUCAUUGUGUCCUGCGUUAACGAGGAGCCCCUCUUCACUGCCGACCAGGUGAUUGAAGAAAUUGAGGAAAUGAUGCAGGAAUCCCCAGACCUGGAGGACGACGAGACUCCCUCACAGUCUGACCGGCUGUCCAUGCUUUCGCAGGAGAUCCAGACUCUGCAGAGGUCCAGCAUGAGCAGUUACGAAGAGAGAGUGAAAAGGCUCUCAGUAUCUGAAUUAAAUGAACUCCUGGAAGAAAUUGAGACUGCCAUUAAGGAGUACUCCGAGGAGCUGGUGCAGCAGUUGGCCCUACGGGAUGAACUGGAGUUUGAAAAGGAAGUGAAAAACAGCUUUAUUUCUGUGUUGAUCGAAGUGCAAAACAAGCAGAAGGAGCACAAAGAAACAACCAAGAAGAAAAAGAAACUCAAAAACGGCAGCUCCCAGAACGGGAAGAGCGAGCGAAGUCACGUGCCUGGCACACGCUUCAGCAUGGAGGGCAUCUCGAGUGUCAUUCAGAACGGCCUCCGCCACACCUUUGGAAAUCCGGGUGGAGAGAACCAGUAUUUGACUACGGUCAUUCCUUAUGAGAAAAAAAAUGGACCACCCUCUGUUGAAGAUCUUCAAAUAUUAACAAAAAUUCUUCGGGCCAUGAAGGAGGACAGUGACAGAGUCCCGAGCUUGUUAACCGAUUAUAUACUGAAGGUUCUGUGUCCCACCUAGAACAGCAUUACUUCCGGAGCAGUGUGGUCUUCUGUGGACUCCGGCCUGGGCUUGGCAUAGCAUUAUUCUCAUCAUUGUGAAAGCCGCCUUCCGCAACCUUCCUGCUGUCGGAGACCCAGCACACGUGGGGACCACGAUCCAGUAUUAACAGAUCAUGACUUCACUAACUCUUUAUGUUCUAGAACAGAGCGGAUGAUGGCACUACUGGGAAAUCUAGAGAUGGCUUUUGUGAAAUCUGCUAGUGAUUAUGAGCUGUUCUCUAGAGUAAGGGGGAGAUGCUAGCUGGGCAGUGCAGUUGCAUUUUUCAUGAGCCGAUCGAGUGCCCAUUUGGACUUGUACGGCUUUCUCUGCUGCAGCUGCACUGACUAGCUGGAUGUAAGCAUUGAGAAUUGCACACUGCAGCUAUUUAGCAAAGACGAGAACCAGCACCGAUUUUUGUGUGAGAAUCGCAAGUAUUACCUAUCAGUAUUGUCUCGAAAGGCUGAAAUGUGUUGCACGUGGUUCCUGAAGCUGCACCAGAAUAUGCGUGACUUGGGUUUAAGGGUGACCGAUGAUACUGUUGGGACACUGUGCGGCUUUCUGCCUC